CCGUGUGGGGAGGUGCCGGCGACGCGGGCGGCGGGACCGGGAGGGACUGACCGGGCGUCGUAGCGGCGGCGACUGCGAGCCGAGCCCGGAGCAUGGCAGGGGCUGGAGCCGCUGCGGAGGUUGCUGCUGGUUUCCCUCCUUCGCCGCCUCCUGCCGCCCGCCGGGAACUUUUCCUAGCGGCUGGUGGCGGUGCCUCUCGCCGGUGGUGGCAGCGGCGGCGGCGGCUGCUGCUGCGUUCGGCAGUGCCUCCCGGGCCGGGGCUGGGGCUCCUGGGGCUGGUUUUCUCUCGUUUCUGCUGCAGUGCCUUAGCUGGACCAGUUGUUGAUCCGCAUGUGACAGCAAUUUGGGGGAAGAAGGUUGCACUGAAAUGCAUAAUUGACGUAAAUGAAACAAUAACACAAGUUUCUUGGGAGAAGAUAUAUGGUAAAAGUUCACAGACUAUUGCUGUUCAUCACCCUGAAUAUGGAAUAUCUAUUCAAGGAGAAUACCAAGGAAGAGUGGCAUUUAAAAACUAUUCACUUACUGAUGCAACAAUCAUCUUAAAAAAUGUAAGCUUUUCUGAUGCAGGAGAAUAUGUUUGCAAGGCAGUUACAUUCCCACUGGGAAAUACGCAGUCAUCAACAACUGUAACAGUAUUGGUUGAACCUGUUGUGAGCUUAAAGAAAGGACCAAACCCUCUAAUAGAUGGUGCAAAUAGGACAGUAGCAGCCACUUGUACAGCAGCCACUGGAAAACCUGCUGCGCAGAUUGACUGGGAAGGAGGCCUUGGUGAAAUGGAAUCCACCUCUACUUUGUUUCCAAAUGAAACAGUGACAGUUGUAAGCCACUAUGUGAUUGUCCCUACACGAUUUGCAAGAGGAAGACACAUAACUUGUGUUGUGAGGCACCCCGCCUUUGAAAAGGAGAUACGAUACCCUUACGUGUUGGACAUACAGUAUGCCCCAGAAGUUUCAGUAACUGGCUAUGAUGGAAACUGGUUCAUUGGAAGAGGAAAUGUUCAGCUCAAGUGUAAUGCCGAUGCAAAUCCAUUACCUAUGGAUUUUAUGUGGACCAGGAUGGAUGGACAAUGGCCUGAAGGACUGUUGGCUGUUAACAAUACUCUGCAAUUCAGCAGCCCUCUGACUUAUAACUACACUGGGACUUAUAUCUGUAAGGUGACUAAUGCCCUUGGUCAGAAAAGUGAUCAGAAGACUAUCUACAUAUUAGAUCCUCCUACUACUACCACUCGACUGCCCACGGUUCCCUGGCAUCCUUCGACUGAUGGCAUCACAGGUUUAGCAACAGAACCUAGAAUAAUAAAUUUCCCAACAUCAACCUUGCCAACAAAGCAGGACGACACUUGGGAUAUGCCCUUUAAGCAGACAUCUUCUGUUGCUGUAGCAGGGGCUGUGAUUGGAGCAGUCCUUGCUCUUUUUAUCAUUACCAUCUUUGUGACAGUGCUGCUGACCCCAAGGAAGAAAAGGCCAGCCUAUCUUGACAAAGUGAUUGAUCUUCCGCCCACUCACAAACCAGCCUCAUUUGAGGAGAGAACAUUGUCAGUGCCACAGAAAGAAGCUAUGCUUCAGAGUGAACUGAGGAAAGAAAAUCCUAUUCCAUCAGGAUGAGACACCUUCAGCAGCUGUAAAAGGUACUGCAAGAGACACUCUGUGCCCAGAAAUGUGCACCUUGUUGUGGUGUGGUCUGUCACAGGUAAAAGAGAGUGAGACAGCAGAUAGAAGCUGUGAGACAGUACAGUGGCUCUGUCUGAAGCUGAUGGCUUAGCAGGUGAUUUCGGUUAGUGUGUCACCAGUAUGAGCCACUCUGAAUGUGCCCUGUGCACCCCACACAUCCCUGCUGAAUGCCAGGAUGAGCUAUCAGCCCUGGCAGGCUGCUCCUGUACCUUGGAAGCGAAACCAUAUGGAGCAUGAGAGAAAUUAAGGCACUACUGCUUUUGCACUUGCUUGCAGUUCCAAAUGACUAAAGAUGCACUGAGUACCUAAGGAAUUGCUUAAAAUAUAAUGAUGAUUGUCUUAGUGAACAGAGGAGAAACUGGUGGGAAACUCUUCUCAGAUAGAAUCAUGUAUGGUUCCAGAAUAGCCUCCUGAUACUGAACUGGUGGUGUGAAUUUGCAAAUGACAAGAAGGUUUUCUGAAAAGAGUGUCCUGCUUUAGCUUCAACUGCACACUUGCUUCAUUUUGGAAGUCUGGGAUUUUUGUCAGCCAUAGUCACUACAAAAGACUUGCUAAUUUAUGUCUUGUACUGAAAGGACCGAGAGAGUGCUCCACAAAGGGCUUCACAAACAGAGAGUGAAACUGACCUUUUCCAUUGGCCUGCUGACCAGGGCACGCUGCUGCAAGGUGAAGUUCACCAGUGCACCCGGAUGUCUUCCUGCAGAGGCCAACACUUGCUCUGUGCUUGCCCAGUUCCUGUAUUUCUUAUUGUAUGGAGCAACCUGAGCUUCUGUAACUGAGGAAUUGAAUCCUGCCAUACACCUGGUUUGAUACACGUGUGCUGUGCAUAAUAGUUUUGACGGGUAGUGGUCACUGAACUUCAACAUUGAUAAAAAUGUUGACUCUCUUAAAAAGGGAAAAUUUUCUUUGUGUGUUUGGUCACACUGUGGGUUCGUGGUUUACUUGUCACACUGCAAGGGGAAUGGUUCAUUCUUUGCUGCCAGGGUAAUGAAUCCAAAUUAUCGGCAUUACUGCAGUUGUGGUAGGUGUAGGUGCACUACAAGCUCGGUCUCUUAUAGUGCCUUUUAAUAUCACAUAAAUAUCUCCAGAGACCUGCUCUGGAGAUUGCAGUUCAAUACAAUAAAAAUAUUGUAUUUCAAAACAAUAAAAAUAAAUCAUUAUUUGUAGAUAGAAAAAGGAGCAAUGGUGUCAUUUCCUGCCCCUAUUUAUCAUUCUGUUGUAAGGACAGAAUCACUUUAGCAAAUGAUCACAUAGCCUGGUUUAUUGCAACAUGUAGCUUCAUAACCGGGAUAGCUUCUGGUAAAUAUAUGUAUUGAAGAGUAUAACUGGUCUUUUACCUUUCUCACACAUCUUGGGUAAUUAAUUUGUAACUUAGACAUUGUACCCAACUUUUCCCGAUGUUCAGGAAGCUGUGUCUAACUUGCAGGCUUAUAAAACUCCUUGUACAAUGAAAUCAUCUUUCACAGUACUGUCCCUGAAUCUGCCUGAUUACUGUGCUCAGAUCUAGAAGAUGGAAGUACCUGAAAGGCAAAGCAGCCUGAUCCAGUGAAUUCUGCUGUCCUGUGCAUUUCCUUUCCUAUUGGCAGAACCUGGAUAUUAUCUGGUUUAAGUUAAGUCACUGUUGGAUUUUGCUCUCAGAGUCACUGCAACACUCAGAUUCAGGGUUUAUGGAUAAGGAAGUCCAAGGGUUAUGUGUUGUAAAUCAACGGCGACUCCGAGGAAGGGGAGAGAGAAUAAUGCAUCUGACUCCAUCAUCCGAAGGAUAAUGAAUUACUUUAUUAUACUGUACUAUGUACAUUGUAUCUAAAAUAAAUCUGCCAAGCACUCGCUCUUGCUCUCAACUGCACAGAACAGCACUCAUCUCCGAUUCUCUCAAGACUGUCCCGUGACAGUCACACACACACACACACACUUCUUGGCCCUGAUAGGCGAAGGGAACAAAACAUCCUCCUCACUUUGGGUAAACAAUCUCCAUAUUGCAUUCUACUUUAGCACAACACGGGCACAGCAAGCGAGAUAAGAAUUGUGUUUUCCUUCUUCUCUGCUCGUCUCACAGUUUCUCUCUGUCCAGAGGGCCUGUGAAUACCACAGUUAUGAGUGGAAAAAGACAUGGCCCACUCUUUCUCAGAAUAAAGACUGAUGUACCUCUUGGAAAAUCUGGUUAAAAAAAAAAAAACAAAAAAACACCACCAAGUAGCAAUGUGAUAUAUACACACCCCAAGUCCCAGGAAACAACUCCUGAAAGCAGCAUGAUGGAGUUGGGGAGCAAACUGUAUAUUAUUUGGCUUCAUAAAUAAUUAUGUCAUGGGGGAGGAAUGGUCCACUAUUAAAGAAUAUAAUUUUAAGCUAUGCUUUUUAUUCUUUUCUUAACUGUUGAUCCAUUCUGAAAACACGAGUUUUGACCAACAAGGAAAGAGUAAAAGGUGCAGUUUGUUACUUUGGGUGAGUGGCUCAGUCUAAGGAGACGUUUUCAUCCCAAUUGUAAUGCUAGCUGUGGAAGAUGGCUGUUCCCAGGCUUUACUAAGACUGGCUGAAAGUGACUGUGCAAACAAGCUUCUGAAUGAUGUGAUGAACAGGAAAAGAAUGACAAGGAUUAGUUUUAAAUUGCUAGUUAAACAUCCAAGCAGGCUUAUAUUGGAAACUCACUUAGGUAACAUUUAUGAACCUGGGGACAAAAGCUGUCUGAACUGACAGCAGUAAAUGAAAGCAUGGCUGCUGAAUUGCCCAAGCUAUAAAAGAAAUCAGAGACAACAUGGGCUACUUGUUGCUUUGAGUGUAACAAAUGUUGCACUAUGUACCUCUCCAGCCUUACAAAGUGCUUACUAUGACUUUGAAAUUUUUUCUGUAGUUCCAGAUAUUUUAUCUGUGGAAAUCCUAAGUAAGUAGUAGCUGUGCUUCCCAGAGAGCAGAAAUGCUUUAAUCUCUCUGGUUUAGAUGGUGGGUAUGUCAAAAGCCUAGAGAGUGAACUGCUUCCCUGUUGUUAAAUGCUUGAGCUCUGAGACAUUGGUGUCUGGGGAAAUUAUGUGAGAAAUGUCCCAAUAAAUCUGCUGGGACAUAUGGAGUACUUAAGAACUUAAAACUAAGACUAGGGAGAUAUCUCAAGCUGUGAAAGUAAGCUUCCCUACUGUCACUUCUAGUUGCUCGUGUAUUUCACUGACUGGCAUUGCUUCAUGUGUAAAUCAGUUGUUUUGUGGAAGGCUGUUUAAACAUGUGAUGGCUCUGCUGGCUGGGACAUCCUGAUUUCCAGCUUAUAGGUGCAUUUGGUAAAUCUGUACUAUUUCCUCUUACAAUGAAAUGUCUUCAGUUCGAAUUCUUCCUUCCUGGUGUUAUGGCCUCUGUAGCCAGCAGCUGUAUUUCUCCCUUGGCCUUUGGGGGGCUGGGUUAAGGAAGUUCAGCUCUCUCUUGGCAAUGCCAGACUAUUGCAUGUAAUCCCCUAAAAGACAAAUAGUUCCUGAACCUUUGGCUGGCCUGCUUUGUUGUGAGCACUUGUAACUUUGGUUUUUAAAUCUCAUACCAGAUACGCCAUCAAAUCUCACACAUAGCAUCCAUUCUUUAGUUAGUGUUAUUUAUUAAAAUACAGAAGAGGGUGGGAGUUUUUUUCCCCAUCCAGACACAUGGGAAAGAGUUUGAGGUUCUUUAGCUGCAUGGGGUUCCUUUGCUACAUAUGGUGGCAUUGUAAGUGUUCCCAGUGGCUGACCGAGUAAUUAACCUGGCUUUAAUUAUUUGAAAUGCUAUAUUUGGAGGAGGAGGAUACAUCAUAUGCACAAUGAUGCAUUAGGAUGAAAUUAAUUCCAUCAGAGUGGCCAGAAAGUCCUGCAGAGCAGAGUUGUAGUGCACUUGAAAUCCUACCAAUUAGGGCCCUGAACUCUCUGAGCCUUGCUCGUGUCACUGCCUGCCAAUCUGCUGGUUCAGAGAGCCCCUUAAAUCAGGCAGAGCUGGAACUGUAAUUGCCUGUUUGCCCCCACCCAGCAUUCUUCUGUGGCCUGCAGGGCACCUGCUGCCAGGGCCUUACUCUGUGAUUUGUGCUGCUUUUAAAGCCUGGAUGGUUUUUAUUUGGAAUAGAUCACAGUUCUAUAUAGAUACUUUGUUCACCAACAAUGGAAAUGGGAAGCUGGUGGUUCUAACAGCAAUGGCAUCUUUGGAGGAGACUCCAAGAGCAUGCAGCAGUAUCUGAAACAAUGUUGUUUAACUCACAUAGAAGGCCCUGCUGUUAACAGCACACAGCAGGCCUAAAUAACCCUCCCACCCCCGGCAUUUUUCACAGUAGAGGUACAUCCAGUGAAGAUCCAGGGGUUAGGCAGUGCUUCCAGGCACUGUGAGGUUCCUGUGGCUCCCCUUGGCAGGGGCAGGAGACAAGCCACAAGGAGCACUCUUGAAAUGGGAAGGUUUCUUCUGGUGGGGAUCUGUGAUUUUGUACAAAUAACGGUGUGUUUGCUAUACAGGCAAGAGAAUUUAACCACCUCCAUUAAGAUAUUUGGUGGGCAGAAAGCAAAGCUUUUGUCCCUGCUCCAGUUAAUUUUCAAAACAGAAAAUCUUCAGUAGGCGAUGUUCAGAGCUAGACUAGAACAGAGUGGCAAUUAUUAAUCCUGAAGUUUAGCAACCACAAACAAUGGCCUUGUAUGGAAAAUGAAAACUUGAGAUUGGCUUUUCUGAGUCCAUUGUACAUAUUCUCAUAUUAUUUAUUAAUUCUCUUGAGGUUUUGUGUCUUCUUACAAAAUAGCAGUAGGUCCCCAAUUUAUUGAAGUAAUGAGGAAGUAUUUGCAACUUUUGACUUUUUCAACAUUAAUAACUUUACAACCCAGAGAGAGUCAUGGUAAUACUGGUUUUGCUUUGUGAGUUUAAUGCUUUCUGGCAGUUUUUGAUGUCUGCUAAGCCUCUAUUGUUAUGCAACUCAGAGGAAUUGUGAUGGAAAAGUUAUUAGAUGUCUUGAGUGUGUUUCACCAAAUGUACAGAUUGUCUUAGGAUCUUCCAACAUAGAAAACAGUCUAAAGCCUAGGUGCUAUUUCUUGUUAUUACUGCAAAGUAUUAAAUGUCAGGGGCAUGGUUAAGCCAAACAAUGGAAACGUUUCAAAGCAAGUCCUCCUGUAAAGGGGCAAGAAAUAAAUGGCCCUUCCCCAGUAGCUCAGCUGCUUAGAUGAGGAUGGAACCCAAUAUGUUCUGUCCCUUGCUGUUGGCUGGCUUUCUCACAUGUCUGAAAUAAUGAGUCAACACUAAUGAGCUGCAAGGCCCUAGCAGAGGGCCACCGAGUCACUGGGCAAUGCUCAGGCUGCCAAGCACUGAAGCACAGCACAAGCUGGAUAGGCAGCUCCUGUCUCAUAGGAUUUGCAGCCUGAGAGCUCUUGCUGCUGGUGUAGCUGAAAUCUGAGGGUUUGUGGGUUUCUUCUCUUUCUGAUACUAAACUUCACAAAUCAAUGUUGCCAUGGAGAAGCACCUCCUCAUCAUCAAGGGCAGACGAUGAACUAAUUAAUUGCAGAAAUCUGACUGCAAUAGAGAUUAUACCCCUGGGAUAUAAAACAGUUACCAUUAAAUUCAAGUAGCCAUUUUCAGGAAAGCAGUACUUCUUUCAACAUAAUUGUAGUGCUGGCUAAUCAACUAUGAUAUGAAAAUAUAGGCACUGAUGGCUGGGUGACCAAGAAUGUGGAUGCUCAGCUAGUUAUGAGUGAAUAGAUACAUCUGAUUUAUGCCUUCAUUUCCACAGAUGUGGGUAUAGAAAAA